CCUUCAACCAAAACAACCUUUUAGGCCUAAUAACAGGUACUCUCACUCAUAAUCUCACCACCCUCUCUCUCUCGUAUCCACUAGGAUCAUCUAUCCUUGUCUCUCUCCUAUUCAUUUCCUCUAGGAUCAUCUAUCCUAUUCCUAGACAGGAGCUUUUGGAGUAUAAAAGAUAUCACCUCUACUCAUUUUCCUGAUUUCUUCACUAGAUUCACGAAUUAGCAUAGCUUGUAGCUUUCGGUCCCGUGUAACACGAACAGCAGCCAUGCAGGUUGAAUCCUCGGUUCUGAUUGUCACGUUAUUCGCCAUUAGUGUAGCAUCAAUGGUGACCGCUCAGCAAGUCGAUCCUCUUACAGCUCUGUGGCUAAGUCCCCGGCUGGUGGAAGUGCGACCUCUGCCUGUUCCAGAUCUGCACCCGGCUGAAAGUCACUCGGCUUGGGGUCGAAGAGGGUGGGGCGCCGGAACCGGGGUCGCUGCGUACCCCGCACCCCCUGCCGCAUUCGCCCCGGCAGCCGGAUAUCCGCCGAUGAGCUACCCGGCUCCGACAGUGGGCCUCUAUCCUAAUCCUGGCGGAGUGUAUGGUCAACCGGGAAACGCCUGGGGAAUGAGAGGUUGGGGACAACAGGGAUGAACAUUUUGACCAAAUAUGUGAUUCGUAACAUGAAAUCCAUCACCAUAAAGUUGAAAUUGAACCGAAAUUGUGUUCGCUGAAAUUAUACAAUGAUGUGAUUCGAAUUUGGAUUAAAUCACCGUAAAAUGAAACUGGUAAGCCAAUAUUGAACCAAUUUAGGAACAAUCAAUACUUAUCAAAACCUUCAAGUCUCUCAUCAUUUUGUUUUCAAUAUUAUAAUGAAUUCUAUACUGCCAUG